GCUGUUGAUUUGUUGAGUUGUGUAGUGUUCUCAACCACAAGUGAAAUGGAAAGAAAGUGUGAAAGGAAGUGUUUUUCUGCUGUAUCACUCUGAUGUUAUCACUCUUCUUCUAAGCCUGAGCUUCACAUUGAGAAAUCAUAAGAGAGUGAAAACCACUGAGGUUCAAACAGCAUGUGCUCCACAUCGACUAUGAAAAGAUGAACUGCAAGAGAUCGGUGUGCGUCUUGAUCUGUGUCUUCUGCUUCUGCUGUGCUUUGGGAAACCUAAAGCGCACUUUCAGGAUUCAAGAGCUGACGGUGCCUCAGAAUAAGCUGAAUGAUUGUGAGAAUCAGAAGAAGCUGUGUGUGACGUCCAGCUCUGACUGUCACUAUAUGGCUUUAGAUGGAGCUCCUCCAGUUCCCAGAACCCCUGAGAACUUCCUGAACACAUCGUGUCACUAUCUGAUCCAAGAGAAAUCGUUCACCUGCAGAUGGAUUCAGACAAAAGACGUCAGAUCGGAAACCAUCAGCAGCUUCAUUUUUAGCCGAGUCCAGGACUUCAUCUACUGUCCUGCCAUUUUAAACAUGCAUUCAACUUUAAAUUUAACCAUCAAAUCAAAGAGCGUCAUCAGCCAGAAAGAGCAGUUCUCUGACAUCUAUCCACUAAUCAUUGGAGAUAUAAUUAAGGUUCCUCGGCCGCUGAUCACAUCUGUAAACGCCACUGACUCGUCAAUCAACGUCACAUGGACCAGCGGGAAAAUACCAAUUAGAAUUAUUAAAUGCAAAAUCCGUUACAAGCGUCUCAACACAAAGUCAUGGACAGAGACAGCAGAUUUCCAGGCUUCAGUCGAGUCUCAGUUCGUGAUCGAGGGUUUACAGUCCUUCAGUGUGUUUGAUCUGAGCGUCUCCUGCUUCCACGGAUUCGGCCGAUGGAGCGACUGGAGCGAGGAGACUCGAGUGAAGACGACAGAGAGCUUGCCUUCUGCUGCUCUCUCUCUCAGUUAUUAUGUGGAUUCAGAUGGAAACUCUGGGAUUCGGCGGCUGGUGCUUCUCUGGAAGGCUCUGGACGUCACAGACGCUCGAGGACUCAUUCGAGGAUAUGAAGUGUCCUACAAGUCCUUCACACAGCCCUCUCUGAAGAAAACCAUCAACACCACUCAUCUCAAGACAGUUGUUCUGGUGCGGUCAGAGGAGUAUGAGGUCUCAGUUUGUGCCUAUAACAGCGCUGGACGCUCGCCGGACCGCAGGCUCACUGUCGACGCGUCUCGUACUCACGAUGUGCCGGCGGUGAAGAGUCUCUGGGUUUAUUCUGAUGGUUCUUCACUGUGGAUCCGCUGGGAAUAUGAGUUUACCGUGGUAAACAUCAGCGAGUUCGCUAUUGAAUGGAGCUCUGCGACCGACAGCGAGCACAAACGCUGGGAAAGAGUCGACGGAUCCACCUUCACUGUCCGUCUGCCAGGCAUUGAAGUGCAGCAGACGUACAACAUCAGCGUGUUUCCCAUCUGUGAGUCUCUCUCCGGGCCGCCAAAAAACAUCUCUGCGGAUCUACAGCACGGCGCUCUGUUGGGUCUGGUGCGGUUUGGUCUGCUGAAUGUCUCGAGCUCGUCUGUAGCGCUGCGGUGGAGCUGGCAAGAGGCGAAGCCCGGCGUCAGUGUGCUUCAGUACAGACUGGUGUUAACCGGACCGAACGAGAUUCAGACUCUCGCAGUCUUUCCUGACAAACAGCAGCAUUUGUUCCUCCACCUCCGUCCAAACACCAAAUACUCAGUCCACAUACACGGAGAAACUAGAGACGGGAACUUCACAAAGGCCAGUCUGGACAUCACCACACUUCUGCUGGAUUAUGAAGAGAUGAUGAGGUUUGCUGUUCCAGCGGUUCUCCUGCUGCUCAUCUUUGGGAUUUUCUCGGUUUUAUCUAGGACCAUGUGCAGGGAAUAUUUCUUUCCCAUCAUCGCCAAUCCGAGGUACAGUCUGAUUGGACGCUGGCUUCUCAACCCGCAUCUUCAGGGCAGUGAUAAGAUCUGGGUGCUGAAUCUGGACGGUUUAUUCCUGAUGGACCAGCAGAUGGAGAAGAGCGUGUUUGUGGUUUCUGAUCAUGAGGACGAGGUUCCGCUGAAGACCUCUGUGACGGCUGAAGGUACAGCUCUGUGGAAACCUUGUUCAGAUUAUGAGGAAAGCGCUCUGACUCCCUCCAGUCUGCCCGAGUAUGUAGAUCUGCCAUUCUUACCCGAUGGCUCAGGUUAUGUUCAGACUGGACAGAUUCCUGGAGAGAGAAAUUCAGACUGAAACCAGCACUGGUCUCAGAAUGACUCGACUGCGGUUUCUCAUCUCUAAGAGAAUCUCACACGACUUUCACUCAUUUCAUGUUUGCUUUUGCUGCACUUCUGUGUACUUCAUACAGUAUUUGAUGAUGAAGAAUCAUAUCAU